CCUUCUGUCCUUUUCAAUAUGGCUGGAGGCAUUACUGAUACAGGAGAGCUUUAUUCUCCUUAUGUUGGCCUGAUUUAUAUGUUCAAUCUCAUAGUUGGGACAGGAGCUUUAACAAUGCCAAAGGCUUUCGCUACUGCUGGUUGGCUUGUCAGCCUUAUCCUAAUAAUGUUCCUGGGGUUUAUGAGCUACAUGACUACAACCUUUGUAAUGGAGGCCAUGGCUGCUGCAAAUGCUCAGCUUCGUUGGAAGAGGAUGGAAAAGCACAAGGAAGAUGAUGAUGAAGAUUCUUCAUCUGGAGUUUCCGAUAGUGAUGUUCUCCUCCCUGAUAGCUAUGAGCGAUCAGAGGCGCGUCCUAUCCUUUCUGUCCAGAGACGAGGAGCACCCAAUAUUUUUGAAAUCACGGAAAGGAUAGAGAUGGGUCAGAUGGCCUCCAUGUUCUUUAAUAAAGUGGGAGUCAACUUGUUCUAUUUCUGCAUAAUCAUCUACCUCUAUGGUGAUCUGGCAAUCUAUGCAGCUGCAGUCCCAGUUUCUCUUAUGCAGGUGACCUGCAGUGUGAGUGGCAAUAAUUCAUAUAGUGUUGAAGAUGGCUCAAAGUAUAAUGAUACAGACAAGUGCUGGGGCCCAAUCAAACGGAUUGAUGCUUACAGAAUUUAUUUGGCAGCGUUUACACUCCUGUUGGGUCCAUUCACCUUUUUUAAUGUACAGAAAACGAAGUAUCUACAGAUUAUGACAUCGCUGAUGAGGUGGAUAGCCUUUGUCAUCAUGAUAAUUUUCGCCCUCAUGCGCAUUGCCAAGGGCCAGGGGGAAGGCCAGCCCCCUCUGGCUCAGCUCUCGGGGAUCCGCAACCUGUUUGGCGUGUGUGUCUAUUCCUUCAUGUGCCAGCACUCCUUGCCUUCCCUCAUCACGCCCAUCUCCAAGAAGAAGCAUGUUAACAAGCUGGUCCUGCUGGAUUACGUCUUAAUCCUGGGUUUUUACAGCCUCCUCUCCUUCACCGCUAUCUACUGCUUCCGCAAUGGGACUCUCAUGGACAUGUACACACUCAACUUCACCAGCAGCCAGAUAGUCCCUUAUGCCUUUUUGCGCUACUUCCUGGGCCUUUUCCCGGUGUUCACCAUCAGCACUAAUUUCCCUAUCAUCGCCGUGACUCUGAGAAACAACUGGAAGACCCUUUUCCACCGGGAAGGGGGAACCUACCCGUGGGUAGUAGAUAGGAUUGUUUUCCCAGUGAUCACUCUGAUUCCCCCCAUCCUCGUGGCCUUCUGCACUCACGAUUUAGAGUCCUUGGUGGGCAUUACUGGGGCCUAUGCUGGGAAUGGGAUCCAGUACAUCAUCCCUGCUUUCUUAGCAUAUUGCAGCCGAAAAGACACUCAGCUGGUUUUUGGAAACGGCACACUCAAUAAACAUCUGUCCCCUUUCCGGCACACAUUCUGGAUCUGGUUUGUGCUCCUCUGGGGCCUUUUUUGCUUUCUCUUUGUAACCGCAAAUAUCGUUUUGAGUGAAACCAAGCUCUGAUGAUGGAA